GCAGCAGUCAGUGUCAGCGACAAGCUCACUGGAACCUCUGUCUUUUUUUUCACAUCUUGGGAAUAAAGCAUCAGUCAGACUGGAGGUCACCGUCACAGAAGCGUUGAUUGCUCGCGUAGACAGUACAGCCGUACUCGUGAGCCUGGGUAGUGAAAUGGAGAUGGAGCACUUCGACGACCGGGACAAAGGUCAGAGGUACGGCCGCUCCAGUGCCAAGAUGAACGGGGUACCGAGUCCGACGCACAGCGCCCACUGCAGCCUGUACCGGACCCGGACCCUGAAGACUCUGAGUGCGGAGAAGAGAGCCAAGAAGGUCCGAUUCUACCGCAACGGAGAUCGCUACUUCAACGGGAUCGUGUACGCCAUCUCCUCGGACAGGUUCCGGACCUUCGACGCGCUCCUGGCCGACCUGACCCGCUCCCUGUCCGACAACGUGAAUCUGCCGCAGGGGGUCCGGACCAUCUACACCCUGGAUGGCUCCAAGAAGAUCACCAGCAUUGAUCACCUGGUAGAAGGUGACAGCUAUGUGUGCAGCUCCAUUGAAGCCUACAAAAAGUUGGAUUACACAAAGAACGUCAACCCCAACUGGUCGGUGAAUGUCAAGGCCUCGGCAGCGGCGUCUCGAGGGCCCCCCUCCCUGGGCAGCUCCAAGGCCGGCGCCCCGGACGGCCGCGAGAGCAAGGACUUCAUCCGGCCCAAGCUGGUGACAGUGGUGCGGAGCGGAGUGAAGCCCCGCAAAGCUGUGAGGAUCCUGCUGAACAAGAAGACAGCUCACUCCUACGAACAGGUCCUCACCGACAUCACUGAUGCCAUCAAGCUGGACUCCGGAGUGGUGAAGAAGAUCUACACGCUGGAGGGCAAACUGGUGUCGUGCCUGCAAGACUUCUUUGGCGACGAGGAUAUUUUCGUGGCUUGUGGACCGGAGAAGUUCCGCUACCAAGAUGACUUUAUGCUGGAUGAAAGUGAGUGCCGCACGAUGAAGUCGGUAACCUAUGGGAAGGUCGGGCCUCUCAACCGAAGCUCCCCCAGGGUUGUCACAUCACGCCGCAGCAAGUCCCCUGCAUCUGUAAACGGGACGCCGGCCAGUCAGCUGUCCACUCCUCAUUCGGGAAAAUCUCCCAGCCCCUCCCCGACCAGCCCGGGCAGCCUCAGCCGACGCCGGGGGUCCCAGGGUUCUUCCACCUCUCUGUCUUCCACUAAAGUUUCCAGCUCAGUGGAAGACGGUGACGGGCUCGUUACUGAAGCUGAGGUUCUCAUUGAUGAGGUUCCAGCUGUGCCGUCCUACAUAUCAGACCGCUACAAGGUGGGCCGGAUGUUGGGAGAUGGGAACUUUGCAGUUGUGAGGGAAUGUGUGGAACACUCCACUGGACGGGAGUACGCUCUGAAGAUCAUCAACAAGGGCAAAUGCAGAGGCAAGGAGCACAUGAUCCAGAACGAGGUGGCCAUACUCCGCAGGGUCAAGCAUCCAAAUAUCGUGCUACUCAUCGAGGAGGUGGACACUUACAAUGAACUUUACUUGGUCAUGGAACUGGUCAAGGGGGGAGAUCUGUUCGAUGCCAUCACCUCCGCCAACAGAUACACAGAGAGGGACGCCAGCGGCAUGCUCUACAAUCUGGCCAACGCCAUCAAAUACCUCCACAGCCUCAACAUUGUGCACAGAGACAUCAAACCAGAAAACCUGCUGGUGUACGAACAUGCAGAUGGCAGCAAAAGCCUGAAACUAGGAGACUUUGGUUUGGCGACUAUGGUGGAUGGACCCCUCUACACGGUCUGUGGCACCCCGACAUAUGUAGCACCUGAAAUCAUCGCAGAAACAGGGUAUGGCCUUAAGGUGGACAUCUGGGCAGCAGGAGUCAUCACCUACAUCCUCCUGUGUGGUUUCCCACCUUUUCGAGGGAGCAGUGACGAUCAAGAAGUGCUUUUCGAUCAGAUCCUAAUGGGUCAGCUAGAAUUUCCUCUACCCUACUGGGACAACGUGUCAGAGACAGCAAAGGAGCUGAUCCGAUCCAUGCUGGAGGUGGAGGUGGAUCAGAGAUACACCGCCCUCCAGGUGCUCGAGCACCCUUGGGUCACUGAUGAGGGUCUAUGUGAGAAUGACCACCAGCUGUCUGUAGCAGGGAAGAUAAAGAAACACUUCAACACCAACCCGAAGGUCAGCGACACGACUGCAGGAGUGUCAGUCAUUUCUCUGGAUGACAGCUUUUCUAUGCAGAGAUCUGGGUCGUUGGAUUUCUACCAGCACCCGGCCAUGUACUGGAUAAGGCCACCCCUCUUGAUAAGGAGGGGCAGGUUCUCAGACGAGGACGCCACCCGGAUGUGAAGCUGCUGCCUUUGCAGACGACACAGACUGUGAAUUCAGUAACAACGACAACAAAAACACUCCGAGCGGAGCCUCCCAGUUGCCUCCCCGGCCUGCCCCUGGCCCCUCCCUCUCCGACC